AUGCUACGUGGACCUCAGCCUCAAAUAAUUGUUGAAGAGCCAGAAGAAGAUGAAGAAGAAGAAGAAACGUCGGAUGUUUCUUUGGACACUUCGAGGAGCCGGUUGAGGAUCAAUCUUGGGAAUUUCAACACGAGAAUGUACAAUGAUAUCAAUGAUGCGGUGAGUACUUUCAACAUUUGUAGAUGGAAAGUAGCUUCUUCGAUUUUUUACCGCAAAUUCGGCCCAACCUCAUAAGAAAAUUGCAAAAAAUUCCAGGUUGAUAUUUUGAUAAAAUUUUGCUCAGAGGCCUUUUAAAAUACACCGAACUUUCGAAAUAACGCUUCUCUUAAUGAACUUUUCUCGCAUCAAGAUUUGCAACUUAAAAAAGUUUUUAGACGCGAUAAAUCUACAAAUCUUAAAAGCGCAGUUUUUUUGCCGGUUUGGAACCAGACCGUUCUAAAGUACUUUGUAUCAAAACUUCAUUAAGUUCUUGAUCGGAUGAUCUCACGCUACUAUUUUCAUCUGAUUUGCUAUGUAUUUUUGCAGACAGACUUGGCUGAAGCUAGAAAUUUCGCAGCUCCAUCCCCAACUCCUUCGACAGCUUCAAACAUUUCCCGGCACGAUUUUUCGUCCACAAAACUCAGCGAUGCAGUUAUGAAAGGAAUGAUGCAAAUAGGUUUCCGCUUUUUUUUCUAGAACCCCCAUUGAAAAUCUUUUCAGUGAGAGUAAAAUUUUGAAAUUUCAACUAAUCCGUUUUUUGAAGAUUAAUUGAAUAAUGAAAUUUUAAAAACGACAUGGGAUUUGAAAGAAGUCUUAUUUUAGGAACAAUUAGUGAGAGGACAAAACUGACACGCCUCAGAAAAUACAUCAACUCGGCCACAAUGGCUCAAUACGCUGUUGUGGAAUGGGAUUUGUCUUCCUUAUCAGCUGAGGUCUGCAUGCGUGAAAGGACAUUCUGUACUUCGAAAUCUCCCAAAUUCAGGCUAUCGAAAAAAUUUGCGACGAGUUGGAACUUCUCUCUCAAUGUCGGCAUAAACGAAUUGCCAGGUUUUCUUGACAUGAUUCAAAACAAACUUUUCUCAGCAUUUAUGGAUUUUAUCACAAAGACAAAAAUCUUUCAAUCUUUCGAAGCUUUCUACCAGCUGGCAGCAUCGCUGACAAACUGAGAAGAGGGCCGCUGCCUGAGGUGACCUUAUGUAAAAAAAGAAUUUAAUAUAUUCAUCUGUUACAGUGGCAAGCCCUGAAAUUUGCCGGACAAAUAAUGAGUGGAUUGAGAUUUUUACACGAGAAGGGAAAAAUACAUGGAAACAUUACAAGUUGGCUUUCCUUUCAUAUAAGAAGAUUUUUUGUUCUCUUUAGCUUCGAAUCUGCUACUCACAUUGUCUAAUGACAUACAACUAGCUGAUAUGCUGAUAAAAGGUGAGGAAAAAGUUAUCAAAAGCUUAUUGGUGAAGGCCAAAAUCUCUUACCCAAUCUCGAGACUCCAUAUCUUCGGAACAAGUCGGGAUGUACAUUUGAUAAAAAAAUCAUUAGUAAUCAGGAGGUCUCGAAGAACAUCUAAGCGAAGUCCCGCUCAAUUCUCAACUCGAAACUUUUCAAAUGUUGUCCAAGAGUUCUCAGAAAGAUCUCAAAUUCAUUUUUUGACAUAUUCUUUGCUAAAUGGAUCCUAUAACCUCCAAUAAAAAACUUCUCUUUACUGCCAGUGAAAAAAAAAAAGGUAAACUCAAUCUUUUUCGGUUUACCUUCUUCCGGGCUUCAUACACGACGGGGUUUGCUCUCUUCUCCUCCAGAAGCCUACAAAGAUUUCGACAGUUUUCCGGUGUUGACGACAAGUGCGGACAUUUGGUUGAGAAAGCUUCAUUCAAAUUUUUGAAAAUCCCUCUAGGGCCGUUGGCUGUACUGUAGUAUCUAUGGUGACGCGAUUUGCGCCGUUUCAAGACCAUUUUCUCUCCUUAUCGGGCGAUGCUCUUCAUAAGGUAGGUUUUUCAAAUUUAAACUGUUAUAAUUCAAUCAGAAGCUUUGUUUUUCAGGCGCUUUGUGAGCGCUGGCAGAGCGGCAGCCUAGCCUAUACAAGUCAGACUUUGACACCCACUGCAAGCAAGGAACUGACGGAGCUUAUUGAUACCAUUUUUGUAGUAGACCCAAGCCAGCGACCAACAGCUUCACAGGUUUUCAAAUUUUCAUGCGUUUCAUAAGACUCUUUGUCUUUUUAGUUUUCUCUGUUCACCCUGUAUAGAGAAAUCCAGAGAUGAUUUUUCAGCUUCUCGAAGCUUUCCAGUCGUCAAGAAAAACAUCAAUUCGAACGUCUGUCACGUCCAUACAGAAUAAAAUAACAAAAGAAGGGGGCAAGGUCGAGUUUAAUGACUAUUACCGCAGAAGCCAUAACUCGAUUGAAGAAAGGUUUGUUUCCAAUCACUCACACAAAGAAGCUCGAUCAUCUGAUGAGAUGAUAACUGAGAUUUUUCAGCACUUCAGAAAGAGAAUCGAUGUUUGAAAAGGAAGGCGACGACACCUUUAACUCAGAAGUUUUCUUUCCGAGAAUUCAAAAAAGCGAAAUUGACUUUUAGUCAACCCCUCUUGGUUUCCUACGCUGGUACAUAUCUAGGAUCAUUAUAUUCUCUAUAAUGUUGGUUAAAUGGGUGAAUAUUUCUACAUGAAUGAAGAAUUUAGGAAAGAUUUUUUUCAGAUUGGGAUGGUUUUGUGUGCAGCGCUCUCAUUAGCCUUGGUUGCUGGGUCAGUAUUUCUAUCGAUUUUUAUCAUUUACAAUGGAAUUCAAGUUGUCUGUCAGUGCCAAUUGAAUGAAGGUAAAAAUUACAAGCGCCUUUAUUUUCUUCAAGCUUGAUCGAAUUUAAUUGUUUUCACUCAAUUCAGUCGUAUCUUCUGUCGGAAAUUCGUAGAUGCUUCGAUGGAAUUUCCGAAUUUUAUUAUUUUCUUUUUUAACUUUUAAUUAUUAGGAUUCGUGGUACUGAUUGCUUUGAUUUUGCUACCAAUUAUCAUUCUUCUUACAACUUUGUGCUGCAAUAACUCCCUGGAAAAAUACCAUCACGACGUCGAACUGGGAAAAGUUGAAAAGUGCAAGUUGGUGAUCUGGUUUUCCAGUUCCAACUGUUUAUUCUCGUUUAAGAUACGUUUUGCGAUCGCCAGAGCAGGAUGUAGUUCUCUGCGGUAUUAUUGUCGUUGAUGGCAAACCGGCAGAACAGAAAGAAAAUAGGAGAAAGGUAAUUUUUUUCGGAGUUUUUAAUAAAAAUCAUUUUAUUUUUCAGGUUGGAGUGACGGAAGAUGUUGAGCGCGGAAGUCAAACAAUGACGAAAACCGAUUUUUUGAGCGGAGUUGCAAGAAUCGCUUAA